AUGAACAGCGAGUACGACUAUUUAUUCAAGCUACUAUUGAUUGGUAAUUCCGGGGUUGGUAAAUCCUGUUUAUUAUUAAGAUUUUCUGAUGACACAUACAGUAACGACUACAUCUCCACUAUUGGAGUUGACUUCAAGAUCAAGACAAUUGAAAUAGACGGCAAGACCGUGAAGCUACAGAUCUGGGACACUGCAGGCCAAGAACGGUUCAGAACCAUCACUUCUUCAUACUACCGUGGGUCUCACGGUAUCAUCAUUGUCUAUGAUGUGACAGACCAAGAUUCAUUCAACAGCGUCAAGAUGUGGCUGCAAGAAAUCGAUCGUUACGCCACCUCUAGCGUGUUGAAGCUAUUGGUGGGUAACAAGUCAGACUUGAAAGAUAAGAGAAUUGUCGAAUACGACGUGGCCAAGGAAUUUGCCGAAACCAAUAACAUGCCAUUCUUGGAAACCUCUGCCUUAGACUCCACCAACGUGGAAGAAGCAUUUUUAACCAUGGCCAAGCAAAUCAAGGAAUCUCUUUCACAACAACAAAAGGACGAAAGAGGCGGCAACGGUGGCAACGGCGGCAACGGGUCCGACAACGUCAACUUGAAGGGCCAAAGUUUGAAGAACCAAUCUUCCGGAUGCUGCUAG